AAAGGCUCCCCAUAGCCAACCUAAGCCAGAGCCUUGGAGUCCUUCCCAACCAUGCAAGGACAGGUCCUAUUGUGACCUCAUGAGGAGUGAUUGUGAGGCGGUCCAGCCAACAGAUGUUAAGCUGUAGCCAGGCCUGGAUUUCCUUGAGUGUGUUUAGAGGAGUGGUGGAGUGGAGACUUUGGUGAUUUUGGUGGAUCUAGUGAGCAGUGUGUGGAUUUUGCAUUUGAUUGAUUUGUGAGUAGCUUGUGUAUGUGUGUCUAGGUCAGUGUUUGUGUGGAGGGUCGCUUUUGUGUGUGUGUGUUGUGUGUGUGUGUGUUUGCGUGUUUGCGUGUGCAUGUAUGUUGUGUUUUAAGUUUACUUGAGUGUGUGAGUACCUUUGUGUGUGUGUGUGUGUGUGUGUGUGUGUGUGUGUGUGUGUGUGUGUUGGUAUACUUGGGGGUGACUGUGAGUGCAUCUGUGUGUGUGGGUGUGUGUGUGCCCAACUUGUGUGUGAGUGUCUGUUGUGACGUACGUGCACUAGUUGUAAGUGUGAGAACACCUGUGUGAGGAAAAGUAUUGAGGCUGGCAGUCAGCUUGGCCAUUGUUCCUAAGGUAGCAUUUAUACUCUGUUACCUCCAAUGAGCUUCGGGAGCAAACGGGCGUCAGAAAGGCUCCGAUCUCAGGGCAGCUCUUGCACAGAGAGUUUCUGCUCUCAAUAUUUGGUUUUGAAUACCAUCGGCCAUGGUUUCCACGCGGCCGUGAAGUUGGCCGUGCACCGCCUCACAGGUACCCCCGUGGCUGUCAAAAUGCUCCUCAAGAGACAACAGUGGUGCCAGCAGGUCACAUCUGAGGUAGAAAUCAUGAUGAGGAUCAACCACCCAAAUAUUGUAUCUCUCAUACAAGUCAUUGACACUGAAAAGAUAACAUACCUCAUCAUGGAGUUGGCCAAGGGGAACCAGCUUUAUUCUCACAUCAAAGAGGCUGGCCAUCUGCAGGAGGAUGAAGCACGGGGCAUAUUCAGACAAUUAUUAAGUGCUGUGGGAUACUGCCAUGAAGAAGGCAUUAUACACCGGGACCUUAAACCCGAUAAUCUGUUAGUCGAUACCAAGGGAAGAAUUAAAAUCAUUGAUUUUGGUUCUGCCACUCAAGUGCGGCCUGGGCAAAAGUUGAGAACGCCCUAUGGGACUUAUGCAUUUUCUGCUCCUGAGCUGUUACUCGGGAAAUUUUAUGAGGGCCCCAAGGUCGACGUGUGGGCCCUAGGAGUAAUUCUUUAUUAUAUGACAGUUGGAAAGGUCCCAUUUGAGGCUGCCAGCAUACCGCUACUCCGAAGGCAAAUUGUGUUAGGGACGUACGUUGUCCCACCUGGCCUGUCAGAAGAGCUACAAGACCUGCUGAGUCUUUUAUUGAAAGUGAACUCCCAGCAGAGGCCCACAAUUCCUGAUCUUUUGACUCAUCCCUGGCUUAAGAUAGACUCAGAGGGGUUCCCACAACCUUGUAAGGAACUCAUCCCCCUCAGGCCAGACCCAGCCAUUCUUAGAGCAAUGCAGGACAUUGGAUUUGAAGCCCAAGAGGUUAAAGACUCCCUCGAUCAGAAGAAAUUCAACCAAAGUAUGGCUUGUUAUUACCUAUUGGAAAAGCAGUCUCUUCAGGAGUGUGACAACCCAACCCGGCCUCAUCCAUGCAUGACCCCAUUCCCGACCCUUGAUUACCCUGCUACUUCAGUGCGAGGGCUCAGAAGUCGAGGAAGCGAGCCUAGAUGGCUCGGGUCAUCCUCCGAUAGUCAAGGUUCUGACCUCGGCCAGACUCCUAGUCAUGGAUUAGUCAAGAGGGCCAGUUGGCCUGGCGGUCUUCUCUGCAGGCCACGUCAGAUAGCACCCACAGUGGAGCUAACCCACAGAAUUUCUAUUAGUGACCCCUGCUUUUCUUCAGUGCACAGCAGAGGCAAGAAGACCAUCAACACUGAAAGCACAGAAGACAAAUCCAGUGACUCAGCAGAGGUUAAGCCUGUCGCAAGCAGGCCCUGGCCCAAAAGAUUUAGGGGGUGGCUCAAGAACAUCCGAAAUGGCCUGAUGAACCUGUGUUGCUGCAUUCCGUCCAGAAAAAAACCUCCCCUGGGGCACAACAGAGUUGUUCCCCAGAAAUGAAGAACAUGGAAGGAAUCCAGAGAGCAAGCAUCCAACACUGCCCAGAAGAUCACUAGAGGAUGCCAGAUGCUGCAUCUCUGCAGUCCCAGUGUUGAAGAGGACCCACGUGUGGACACGGACCUGCAGAAGGGAGCGCUGUGAGAGCUGUCACCUUCCAGGUCAGCUGUGGAAGGAUGAAAGCAAAUGAAGAGAUGCCAGGUGGCAAGAGAGCACCUCAAAGGCAUCACUCUUCCUGGUGGAGGUUGAAAACCAGUCCAAAGCUGGUAAAGACCAGAGCCCUUUUGCCGACCAGGGUCACAUCACACACCUCCUCUUGGCACAAGUUCUCGCCUCACUCUUAGUGGAGGAUAUACGUCUUCUCAAUGUGUUUAUCCGACUCUGAGAAUAAAAGAGCUGUUUGUGAAAGAUGACCUCGUAGGUUUUUCUGCAUCUUCUUCACAUAGGAAAAUUGGCCCUGUGGCAUUCCAAGGCCCCAGGAAGAAUAACUUCGUGCCUCAAACCAUCAAAUUAAAAGUGCCUUGGAAGGGACCAAGCUCUAAUGUACCUGAAUGGGGAAAGUGUAGGAAGUGUAGAAGCUCAAAUCUAAGGACAGCAUCAUAUUCUACAUGCUUUGAUUUCUAAAAGCCUAAUGGCAGUCUUUAUAGCCCACCUGAGCUGUGUCAGGAUAGGUCCUGCUAUUAACUCAUGAGGAGUGACUGUGAGGCAGUCCAGUCAACGGAUGUUAAACUGCGGCUAGGCCUGGAUCUUUGAGUUGAGAAGAGUGGUAGAGUGGAGACCUCGGUGAUUUUGUUGUAUCUAGCGAGCAGUGUAUGGAUUUUGCUUUUGAUUGGUUUGUGUGUGAGCUUCUGUAUGUGUGUUUAGAUCGGUGUGUGUUUGGGAGGAGGGUGGCUUGUGUAUGUGGGGGGGCACUCAUGUGUGUAUAUGUGUGUGUGUUUUCUUUUACCUUUACUUGAAUGUGUGAGUACCUGUUUGUGUGUGUAUGCGUGUGUGUAUGUGUGUUUGUGUAGGUAUUCCUGUGGGUGACUGUGAGUACAUGUGUGUGUGUGUGUGUGUGUGUGCAAGUGUGUAUGUGAGUGUCUGUGCCUUGUACGUGUAGUAGUUGUUGGUGUGAGAACACCUGUGUGAGGGAAAGUGUUAAGGCCAUCAGUCACCUUGGCCAUUGUUUCUAAGGUAAGCGUCUCCCUUAUGUUUUUUAAGUUUAUUUAUUUGUUUAUUCACUUUACAUCCAAAUCAUAGGCCCUCCCUCUCUCCUCUCCUCCUAGACCCAAGUCACAUGCCUCUCUUUCCAUAAGUCCCUUCUUUUCUCAGAAAAGGAGAACCCAGCUUCUUGGGUAUCACCCUGCCCUGGGGCAUCUAGUCCUACCAGGAAUAAGCAUAUCCGCACCCACUGAGGUCAGAAA